AUGAACGCCGGCUUGGACGUCAACAUGGAAGUGCAGUAUGCACAGGCCGUUCACCAAUCCGUCCAGCAGCAGCAGCAGCAGCAGCAGCACUCUCACAACACCGUCCAGGUGAACAACAGCUUCUUUGGUGGUGGUCAGGCGAUGUAUCGCCAGGAAAUGCAGGAGAGCGGUGCGUACGAGCUCGGCGUUGAAUCGCUGCCUGGUCUGCCUUGUGGUCCGGUCGAGCAUUCCCACAUCAUGGGCAACGCAAACCUGGCAGUCCACACUGCUCCCGUGCCGUGGAAUGGCUUUGCAGCCGACCUGUGGAACCAAUACACGCCUCCUUUCAUGGCUGCUGGCCUCUCGUCGUCUGGCUCGGGCAUCUCCAUGAUGCGCACAGCAAGUGCAGCUUCGGCUGCUUCAUACAUGUCUGGCCUCUCCGCCGCAGUCCAUCCUAUGACUUACACGUCUGCUUCCAUCGAUGGCCAGUCUCCACAUCGUCGUCAAAGAAUCAUCAGACUAACAAACGCUCUCCUUCUUGCAAACGAACAGACGCCCCAUACAUAUGGCUUUCCAGGUGCAUAUAAUGGACAGCAUCCAUGCCCUGUCAACAACACCCUCUCGCCGACCACCAUCGGUUAUAUGGGGCAGUCUGGACCGGUUCAUUCUGCCAACCAACACCACGGUAUCACCAAUGCUCCAGCUCACAAUUAUCCUUUCCACACGUCUUUCAACGACGCCGUCGACAAGCAAACCGCUCGGCAGGGCCCCAGCAUGGCUCGGCGCGCCUCCCAUCAUCAGGUGUCCACGAUGCCCAUGCAGCCGUCCCCCAUCCUUCAGUCUGCGUACCCGAUGGAGCACCAAGGAAGCCAAGAGUGGCAAAGCCAGCGCAGCCAGCCCAUGGGUUCUUGUCUUUCCGCCCAGUCGUCUGUGCAUCACGAAAUCAACCACGAUCACGACCACGAGCUGCACCCGUCCCUGUACGCACCUCUCAGUCUUCCGCGUGCACUGUUGCCCGACCCGCUCCAUCUUGAGAGUGCUGAGCCCAUGCGCAAUCAGCCUCACAAACGCUCGCAUCCUGGCAAUUACACCGAGGACACAGCUCCUGCCGAGCCGGUAACCAAGAAGCCGAAGACGGCCGCUGGGUCUGUGAACACUGCUUCUAAGGACACUCCUGCAGAGGGCAGGGACACAGCCUCCCGCUGGGCAGAUGUCUCCAUGGAGCCCGACGUCGACGCCGACCACUUCGACAUUAACGAAUAUCUCCAGUUUCCACCGGCCAGGUCGUCCACGCCGCCGGCCGAGCAAGCCACUGAGCAGGACAGCGCCCCAGAGAAUCUGCCUCUGAGCCACACCGAGAACAACACGCUGGGCCUCGCCACCACGACAAGUGUUGACAGCGUAUCCAACGCCGGCGGCCGGAACCUCACAGUCUCGACCCCCGUUCACGAGCACGUCGAGGCGUUAGCCCCGGCGAACCCUACGGUGUCCCCCAAAGACCUCCACGUUCAUGCUGAUUCGCCCGAUCGUAACAUGGAACCGGCCAUCAAUAGCCAGCAGUUUGAGCACGCUCACGGUGUCCAUGGCCCUCUUGAACCCCAUGUCCCUCUCCAGAACAUCGAGGUCAUCCAAGCGGCCCACGCGAAGGAUCUACCUCACCAUAUUUACACCCCUUUUCAACCGCAUCUGGACCAAUUUGGUCCACUGGGCCGUGCCGUCCACGUACCCACUGCCGACCCUUUUUUCUACCCAGGACUUGGUCCCAUGAUGCCCGCUCAUCAAGUCCACAAUGCCAACACACACGAUCAGGCCCACGCCCAAACUCAAUUCCAUUACCCCAACCCCCCUCUCCCACCGCAUCUACAUCCGAGUUCGUUUGAAGGCAGCCACAAUGGCAUCAUGCACAACUACAGCAACGACCACGGCCAUGCGCCCAAUGUCGCCGGCAACAGCCUUGCAUUCACUGCUGGCCAGAAUCUGCCCAUGAUGUCCACAGAAACAAACGGCUCCGCCACGUCAACCAGCGCCACCGCGUAUCCGAGCUCAGCUACAAAUACGAUUACCGGAGAAACCGCCAUGACGCCUCCUGAGAACAAUCCUGCUCCGCCUUCCCGCAACAGCCGCAAUCGUGGCGGCGGCCGCCGUAACAAGAGUGAGCCGCCGAACAAAAGCAGCAGUCGCGAUGCCAGCCGCCAGGGCGACCCCCGCCGGCAGCAGGAAGACCAGUACAUGAUGCAGAUGCAUCGUGAGGCGGGCUGGACCUUUUCUAAGAUCCAAAAGAGCGGUGAGUUCAGUAUCAACGAGUCCACCCUCCGCGGCCGGUACCGCACUAUGACCAAGCCUCCCGAGAUGCGCGUGCGUAAGCCGAAAUGGGACGCACUGGCCGACUCCCUGGUUUUACAGUUUGCUGGCGAGCAGGCCGACGCUCAGAACCGGCCCAUCGAGGAGGCCAAAAUCAAGUGGAAGGUUGUUCAGGCCCAGAUGGUCGAACGAGGGACAUACAGCUACGGCUAUUGUACCUUGAAGAAACGAUGCCUCUUUCUGCUUGAGCAAGCCAAGGCCAACAAGGAACGUACACAGCAGCCCAGCACGGAGGGCACUGUCGGCGAGCAAUAA